UCACCAGAUGGCAGUCCGCGCCUCACACCGUCCACCAUGGAGCAACUGGAGAAGGCGGCGCAGAUAUUGAUGGCACCACCUGAUCUGGUGACUUCAGAGCAGCGUCAUGAGGCGGAACAGGUCUUUCUCCAACUACGCAACACAAAAAAUCCAUUCAACUUAUGUCGGCAACUGUUGGAAACAUCACAGGUUGACUACCUGUUGUUUGAGGCAGCGACUCUUUUGCGGGUGGGAGUGAUUCGAGAAUGGCGUGACUUAAGUCAAGAAGACAGCUUACAGCUCAGACAAUACAUAGUUCAUUAUGUUGUUAACAGGCGUACUAUCCCACACUACGUCAGGGAGACAUUGGUGCAGGUUGUUGGAAUAAUGGUGAAACGUGGGAGUGUGGAGGAUCAGGGUGAAGAUCGUGGGAGGUUAUUGACAGAGGUUGAACAGCUUGUAUCUUCAGGUGACAAUACUAUGCGUAUGAUUGGCUGCAGUAUUAUUAGUGCUCUCAUGCAGGAGUAUGCUGUAACAGUCAAGUCUACAGAUGUAGGACUUACCUGGGAAACGCACUUCAAAGCCAAAAAGCAAUUUGAGGGCACAGACCUGCGUCGCAUUUUCCACUUCAUUGUGAACCUCCUGGGUGAAGUAGUGAAGGUAGAAGGCAAAAUGAAUGAAGAAUUGUCUUCUCUACUUCUGAAGCUGCUGGUGAUAGCUGAAACAACACUCACGUGGUCUUUUAUAUCUCUACACUUGCCAAAGAGAUUAAUGAGCGUGUUCGAGCAGGAUCAGAAUCCCUCCCUCCGACCAGGUCAGCACUGGAGAGAAACUUUUCUGGACCCAGCAAUUGUACAGUUAUUUUUUAAGCUGUAUUGGCGUGUUCGUGGAAAUUGGGAACUUGGUCAUCAUGCACUAAACUGUUUAGUGCAACUUGCUUCUCUUAAUGGGGCUGUGCUUAUCAACAGACAAGUGCGGAUCAAGUACCUUACCCAGUAUUUGGAAUGCCUCUUCUCCCUCCUCACAAGUACUCAGAUUAGUGAUUCAGAAGCCUUAGGGAUCAGCAAUAUCUUCAGAAAACUGCUGCUGUUCUUCCCUCCAUCAGUUCUAGUAGCACUACCAGAAGAGAUGCUUCGUCAACUUGUAGAGAACCUUACUGCCUUGACCUGCAAGUUUGCACAAGGAGCUGCACAAGAAGAAAUGCUGGAUCAUGAAGACCAACUCUACAUGGAAGCGUUUGAACAAAUGCUGCAGUCAUGGGCUUGUAUUUUGCAAGAGGGUAGCAGUUGUAACAGUUCUCAGGUCAAACAGAGUGCCACUCUUAUCUUUGACACGUACCUAAAAUGUCAUCUAGCACCUCCUGAAGGCUCAAGAGUACCAGUUGAUGCCGACGAGAUCUCAGAGACAAUUCAACCUGACAGAAUAGCUUUCAAGGAACAGUUGGUGCUGAUAGGACUUUGUGGGAGACAAGCACCAGAACACAGUGUACCUCUAUUGAUGCAGCUGAUGGAAGACCGCAUUAGUCGCAUGCGUACACAACUCACUCACAUUCUCAGUAACAACCUCACCAUUGCUGAAAAUUCUCAGUUGGACCAACUUUAUGAAGACAUCCAUUGGCUUCUUCUCAUAUCAGGUCAUGUUACAACAAUGGAUAAUGAGGGAGAAACAGCUCUCAUUCCUGCAGAAAUGGUCACUUACAGUAUUAAUGCAGCUGCCACUGUCAACUUAGAGGCUACACUCAGACUUUUAGCUGCUCCUGCACAGAUGCCCACAGAAGUGCCAAACAGUGCUGCAGCGGACCCUCUCAUCAGAAUGAUGAGCACAGUGAUGAGACUUUGUGAAACAGAAUCUCAGGCCCUGAAAGCCAAUUUAGGCCAUCUACUAAGCCCAGAGGUGUCAUCAUCACUUAUGUGGUUUCUCAGACGAUUCUGCUUGUCAUAUCUUCUUCCAAAUGAAUCUUUCUACACUGAGCUGAGUAUAGCCCUAACGUCGGCAUUUGGACGUGAUUCUGAGGGAGCUGCAUGGACGUUGAAUUACUUACUAUCAGUUGUUGAACAGACAAUGAGAUUACGUAGUUCAGAACCAGGACUAGUUGAGGAUACGGUCAAUCUAUUGGUCACAAUGGUUGAUAGUAAGGAGAGGGGGCAGCAUCUUGUGAAAACUGAGGGUCUCAUGGAAUUGGUAAAACUUCAACAGAGUGGAACCCUGAGUGCACUCUCUUCAGUUGCCCAAAGAGGACUCAUGCAGGGUUUAGUUAUGUGUGCAGCUGCCCUUGGGGACACAGAUGCUCGCACCCAGUUCUGGACACAUGUACUGGACCCACCUGUGGCAUCAUUCAAGCAGUUAAUGUCAUCAGAAACAUUUACAAAACAAUAUCAGCAAGAAGAUAUGAAGAAACAAGUUCUCUUUCACAUUGACAACUUUAUAGGUGCUGUUCAAGGGUGCCUAAUGCCUACUGCUCAGUGUCUAUUCUCACGGUUAGUUGGCAUUCUUGGAGACAGUGUUCGGCUCCUUGAUCUAUAUCACAAUUAUCCAAAUGUGGUGGAAACAGUUUUAGAACUUUUUGUUGAGUGUGGUCGACGGAUGCUCUGUUACCUUACACCGAGUGCAAGUAAGCAGCUGUAUGAAGCAUCAGUACAUUUGGUGGGGACGUAUGCCAAGCACAAUAUAGGAAGGCGAACCAUUGAGUCACGGGGAGAAGAGGAUCAGUGGAGAGAUCUGCAACUCCUCAUGGAACUUCUUACAUCUCUUCUGUCAAAGGAUUUUAUAGACCUUGCACCAACUGGUCAUGGUGAGGAUCAAGAAGUUGUGGCAGCUGCAGAUGUGUGCUUAUUUGGCCUCAAUAUAAUUAUGCCUCUUAUGUCCAGAGAACUCUUGCGGCUGCCAACUCUGUGUUCACAUUAUUUUAAGAUGGUCACCUUUAUUGCUGAGAUAUAUCCUAGUAAAGUGUGCCAACUACCAGAGGAUCUCAUGAAGAAUUUGCUGGCAUCUAUAGAAUUAGGUUUAACAAGUUUUGGAGCAGAUGUUGGAACACUCUCUUUUGAUUUCUUGGUGGUGCUUGGCUCGUACAUCCACAAGAAUUGUGGUCCUGAACUGCCAGUAAGACAAGGUCUUAGACCAUUUCUGAAGCUUGUUCUAGACCUGAUAUUGUCGCAGCAAAUAAACUCAGACCUUCUACAGGCAGCAUCUGCAGCACUGUACACACUCAUCUGUUGUUUCCAGGCUGAAUACCAAGAGCUGGUCCAAUCUUUACUUCACAGUCAGACUGACCAAACCACUGGGCAACGGUUAGCAGAGUCCUUUACACAGCUCACUACUAAUGUUGAGCUUACUGCUGACCGCAUGAACCGUGUUAAGUUCAGGGACAACUUCGAAAGAUUCAUUGCAAAUGUUAGGGGAUUUCUACUUGUUAAGUAGAAUGCACAGUAAAUUCAGUUUAAGUGUAAAUAUUUUCAUUAAAUUAUGGAAGCCCAUGACUUAGGUAAGUUGAUUUCAUGUUAAAUUUGAUUUAAUAAUGAAAGAAAAUCUUUCCUUUAAAAUUCUGAAUUUUCUAGUGCUGUGAUGUACCACAAGUAAACAGUGUAAUAAUGAGCUUCAAAAAUAAUGUGUAUAUAGCAUAGCAAGUAUUCACAUGUGGUACUAUUAUUUAUAAGGUCACAUAUAGCUUUGUGAGGCUUAGAUACCUUCUGAAUAGUCCAACUUUUUGUCCCAUGCAGAAGCGUGCAGGGUCUUAUAUAAUUUAACGUCUGUCCCUAUAAAAGAUUGUAGCUAAAUACUUCCUGUGAGUAAAUUGUUGUUGAAAAAACUAAGGUAAACCAAGAGGAAAUUGAAAUUUGAGGGCUCGUGGUGAGUGUUUCUUUGUUGCAACAAGACUUCUACCACUGAAUGUUUAAUGGAUGGAUUAGAUUGGAGUGUACACUGUAUUCAAUUUUUUUUCACUUGGGACCUGCCUAAAUUUUGUUUGGGCUCUGCUUCUACUCCAACCCUGCCAGACUCGAUUUAAAGCCACAGGUAACAUUGUAAUAUCUGUGCUGUACACGAAGUAAGAUAGCAGCACCAUUUUUUGCCUUAAAGUGUCGGUGAUUCUUAUUUUUUAUUUAUUUUUUUCUGUGGACAUUAUGAUGUGUAUCACAACCUAGCUAGGUAUUGACACAAUGUUCAAUAGAGGAUUCUUUAUUCAAAUAUUAUAAGACGUGAAUGGUUACCUAUGAUCAAGGAAUUAUUUGGUCCCUUAAAAUUUUAUUAGGCACACAUUUAUCUUUUACACAUUAUUUCACUAUUAAUUGCACUCUCCUGCCACUCAGGGUCACCCAUAAAUUUGAUGAAUGGCCUGAGUGUAAAAUAAAUAACAAGAAGAAUACUGUACAGUAAUGAAACUGAGCAAAUAAGCUGUAUGCAUUAAACCCAAUUUUGACACCUUAACCCUGAAAAUGCCUUAUGUGAAUUUCAGCAAGUGAUUAUGUGUUGAAUCCAAAGCAAAGCGUUAGGCAAACGAAUUUUUAUAUUUUAUAAAUUUUAUAUCUUAUUGCUUUGUUUUUAAAUUACAAAAACUCAAAAUAUUAAUUGUCUUACAGUACAGCUAAAGAUGCUAAUAAUAUUAUGGUAUAUACAGGUAUAGAUGGUGAUAUAAGCAUCAUGCAAGUGAUAACUGCUUUUCUUGUUUGAUACCUAGACCAACAAACAGUAAUUUUCUUCACAUCUUAAUAAAUUAAGUACUACUGUGUCACUUGAAUGUGUCAAGAUACUCAGUUUUUUUAUGCACUACCGACUUUUUAUACAUGAAUACUGUAAUACAGGUGGCCCUUACUUUAUGUGACACCCCCCUCCCCUGCUUCAUAGAGGGGCGAGUAUAUAUGCACCAGAAGGUUGCUUUAAUAACAUUGCAUUAGUAACGGUAAUGGAAACUCCAUGCUCUACAAUGUGAGAUGAGGGUAGUAUAAAUUCACACACAACACUGGACAAUGGGAGAGUGAGUGAAGGAACUCAGUUGCAUAACUUUGAAUAUUCACACAAAGCAAAAUCACAUUAAAUGAUGCCACAUAAAUUCAGGGCCACCUGUACAGAGAGAUACAGUAUUUUCAUAUUUACAUAAUAAAAAUGGAAUACCUUUACAGUAUUAAAUAAGAGUUUAUGCUUUCAUUGCCUAAAGGCUGGUUGUUUGAAAUAUUGAUAAUUUGUGCUAAUGAUAGCAUUAGAACAUAAAGAUGCCCAAGCUCAAGUACUCUUAGGCAUACAAUGUACAGAUGGGCAUAAUAUGAACCGAGUGGGGUUUUUUGUGGGGGGGGGAACCUAACCCAUUCUUAUAUCGAGGGAUACCUGUAAUGCACUUUGGUUCGAUCUCUCAUGUUAGCCCAUAACAAAUGGCUUACUCUGAUAAUGUUUUUUCAUGCAUCAGAAUCACUUGGCAUAAAACAAAAUAAAUUAAAAUGUAAAAUGCAUGUAAUUUUGUAUGAGUUGCAACACUCCUGUACAUCACAGUGACCAAUUUUAUUCUUAUUUUUCUGAAAGUACCUAAUUCAUAUCCUAUUUUCAUGUCUGUUGACCAGUAACAGGACUUACUUUUAUAAAUUGUGAAGAAGAAUUGCAUAUGCAUUAAGCAUGGUCACAUUUUGUGGGAAUGGACUAUUGCACAAUUUAGUUUUGUGCUGUAAGACAAAAAAUUACCUUAGUAAAGUAUCUUGAGAGUUCAGCAAUUUUUAGUUCCUCAGUCCAUUCUACCUGUUUUCCCAAAUAUACACUUUUGUAUUUUAUGAAUGUGCUGGAAUGAAAACCCGUUAUGGGGAACUAUAUAAUUCGGUAGUCCUCAGGAUGUUCCUCCUUUAUCAGGGCACAAUGAUUCAUAUCUUAUCCCUUGGUUACCCAUUUUAGUUCAUGUUUCAGGAGAAGAUAGAGUAAAUCAUAUUACUUAUACAAAAUAUUUUAGCUUGUAUAGAAUCUAAUUAUAAUUUCAGUUCCAAUUAAUAUUUAGUGUAACCAAACAGCAGUGCUUCAAUAAUCUACAGAAGAUUCCUGUGUAGAUUACUCUCUAAUGCAAAUUAAGCUUGUGUCUUAUAAAACCAUUUCUAAAAGAAUGUUGGCAUCCAACUAGGGGAAAAGAAAUUAAUGAAUACAAGAACUUUGCAUAUUAGGGGGACCCGUUCUCAAGUAUACCAUUUAAGAUAAGUUUUGCCGGGUUUGUAUGCCAACCUUUUGAUUUUAUGUUCUUAAUGGUAGCAUUUGAGGAAGACAAAUAGUUGCCUACUUUUUAUAGAAAAUGGACAUUACAAUCAGACAGUGAAAAUAUUGUAUUUGCCAGUGUAUUAGUUUGCUUCCAAAGCUAAACAAAAAUCCCCCAAACUAGGAGCUGUCUAAUCUAUCAAGUAAAUAAUAUGAACCUUAAAUUCCAUGUAAAUUUGAGAUGAAAGAUAUCAAAGUUAAUGAAGAUGAAUUAUCGCUGGUGUAAGUUGUCACUAUUUUGAAUCCUCUUUUUCAAUGUCUAUAAUCUAUUUAUACCGUAGUUUAUAUGUAGUUUGAACCAAUGCUAAAGCCUUGAACUUGAAGCCAACUAUAUAUUUCAUUCUUUUUGCUUGGGGUGCUGUGAGAAGAUUUUGAGAGUCAAUCUGGGACUAGGAGAAUCAUGAUAAAUCUGGAGCAUGGCCAUUUAAAGUGUCUGGAAGGAGCCUUUUAAAGGGGAUAGAAGACAGUAACUUUAAAUCACAGUUGCCUCCAAUUAGUUAUAAGGAAGGAAGAGUUCCUUAGGCCUAACCCUGAGUUAGGUAAAGUUACUGGUAGGUGACCUAACCCAGGUCAAUUCAGAUCAGCUUGCAUCAUUGUGCUGCAUCCCAUGUUAACAUAUUAAAGUUUUUUUUAUUAACAGCAUAUAAAAUAACAUUGCUCAGACAAUGAUCCUUGAGUCAAUUAAUGGUUAGUGGAAGUAUAUCCCUAAACAUGAGUUUUGAGAUAAAAAGUUGGGGUUGACUUAUGCACUAGGUCUACUUGCACACUGGCAAAUAUGAUACAGCACCAACUACUGUAUUCAUUAUUUUGGUCAUAUCACAGAGUACAUCAUGUAUAUUGCAUCAGGGUAGGAAAAACAUGUGUUGUCUGUUUUCUUUCUGUGUAAGAUUUAAAUGUUUCCUGGACUCAGCAUGAAAAUAUAGAAUAUAAGCUAAAAAGUUUAGGGAAACGUGAAAAUCCUAAUAUGUUAACUUAGUUCCUAAACUCAUGUAGGACCAGGAUUCAACAAAUGGCUGUGUUAUUCAAAACUCUUGAACUUGUCCAUUAGUUCCAUUUUUCCUUUUUUCAUUUAUAUUCAGUUCUCACAAUUAUUACAUCCAUUUUGAUUUUUGUGAUGUUCUUGUACAUAGAAUUUUUUAAAACAAAUACGUACUGUCAUGCAUUUUAGAAAGUAACAUAAGUGUUCCUACCUAUUACUGUACAUUUUAUCUUGAAUUGUAGGAUAACUUGUUAUUAUUAUGGUUAUAUUACCACCUUGUAUCUUUAUUACCAACAGUCAAAAAUACCCACACAAUAAAACACAGUAGAAUUUCCCUCUGCUCUUAAGUGUUCUUUUUUUUGUGGUGUUAGUACAGUUACAUGAUCACUCUUUACAACUUGAAUUGCCUUUUAUCCAAAUAAGUUACUCUUUUAUCUUAGUCAGAUAUGUAGCAAGCUUGUUACACAUAAUGUAUUUGUUUGUAUAAUCAGAGUUACUUUACUUUAAAGGAAAUAUUUCUCGUAUCUACAUGAAAAUAUUAAAAUUUUAUUAAAAUCAUAUUGUAUUUGUACUUAUACAGGCUUUGCAAAAAUGAAAUUUAACUUAAGAAUUUGGAUGGGGUAGUGAUCAUAUUCCACCAAGUAUGUUAAUACUUUGCAAAGUUCUUUUCAUAGCUAUGAUGGUAAUGAAUGUAAGAACUGUACUGGAACUAUAAAUAUUCAUCUAAAUGAUUACUUACAGAGAAUUUCAUGGGCAUGAAAGGUAGUAAGAAGGCAGUAGUUUGUGUAUUUAACAUUACCUACUUGUACAAACUUAAGGUGUUAACAAUUUUGAGGAUGCUUUGCCUACUCCAUGUUGCUGAGCCAAAGAUAUAAUGCAAUUUUAAUUCUUUGAAAAACCUGUUGCAGUUAUGAAUUGCCAGAUAGUAAAUAUGUCAUUCCAAUAAAGUUUGUAUUAAUAUAAUUUCCUAAAUGUAUCCUUCUAGUGUGAGAAUACAUGAAUAUUAUAUCCAAACAAUUAUGCUGUAGUCAUCUUGUUAAUUAAAAAUACCCUGACAGCAGCAGGUUUUCUCUAAGUUUGACAAUUGCUCACUGUUUCGUCACAAUUAGUCCUAUGCUGUUGGUGUCGUACAGUCAGGGAAAGGUGUUUCUAUACCCCGUGUUACCCCCGGUCAAGAUGCGUAUCAUGCAUGAAUCCAUAUCCAUAUAUGACUGCAAAUGAUGACCUAAAGUGCGAUCCAAGAGACAUAAGUCGAAUCCCCACUCAUCUCUAUUGUGGAUAUAGAAUCCCCUUUCCCUGAGUGUACAAGUGAUUUUUUUAUGCACUUACCCAUGAAAAUAACAUGUUUAAGAAAAGUAGUCGUGCAGAUUUGUUUUUCUGCUUAGUAUAGAAAAUAGUUUCAUGCAGAAGUCUUUUUUAUUUUAUUUUUUUCUGCUUAGUAAAGUGCUUUGCUUUUUAGGGUCAAGAUUUGUAUGUUUACUGCCCCUAGACACUGGUCUUCACUAUUUUUAUAUAUUUUUACCUUUGUGUAUAAGGAAAGCACUGUAGGAUUUUAUUUUUCACUGUGAUCAUUGUGAGAAAAGAUUUAAUAUUAGUACAAGUAUCUGCUCUCCAUCUCUCUAAGAUUUAACUGAUGAUGUGAGGUCAUACCCAGUCAUGAGGUUGUGUCAGCUGCAAGGAGAAUUAGACGAUGAUGAACAAACUUUUAUUUUCUUAUGGAUGUUCAUGGAAAUUGAGACCCUAAUUUUUUGGCAUGUUUAUUAAAGUGUUUAGUUUUAUAUGUCUAAAAGGUUUUAAUUUAAUUUUGAAAAUUGUAUAUUUGUUAAAGUGAGUUCUGAGGCAAAUAUUUCAUUUGAGAUUCUGCAUGUAGUACUAGUUGCAGAUAUACAACUCAAGGCUGUGAUUGAUUCUGUCAGGAAAUUGUGAGUAAUACAGACAUUAUGAUCAAAACACCUAUAGUACUGUAUAUUUAUAUCAUGCCUCCUACUGCAUCCAGACCAGGAAAAUGUAUGCAGGAUGCCUAUAUAUACAUCAGAUAUCAACCAUUUCCACACUAACAGGUGUCUUAGAUAUUACACCAGUACUUGAAAUAUUGCCACAGAAAUCUGCAUAAUGGUUUGGCUGUCAUAUUUGUGGACUUACUUUCUUGUAUUACAAAAUGAAAAAGUGAGGGUAAAUAUAUAAAAAGUUAAAAGGUAGAAAAGAUUAGUUUGAAGAUAUUUCAGCAGUAGAAGGAAAAGGAAAGAAUGGAAUGAAUCUGAGCACUACGGGAAUUAAGAAUACGUUACAAAUGAUAAUCUUAUGAAGAAAUAUGAAUUAAAAAUAAAGAAUCAGCGUUGAUUUCACAGAUGAGCAAGGCAAACAGUCCUGUACAUGGUAUAGUUUAAAUUUCAUGUAACAUUCUGUUUUUAAAAUUACUGUAAAUGUAAUUUGGUGCAAUGAAGCCUUGAGAGUUAUGAAAAUUUUGUCUAACCCAAAAUAGCUUUAUCAAAUUCCUUUUCUCAUUUCUUUAACCUAAAUUUGGCUUGCAAAUUUACAUAUUAAAAGUUAUUGAUUUAUUUGGUAAAACUUUAUUAAUAGAAGUCACAGUAGGUACACAAUUAUUGAAAUUGUUAGUGCUUUAAAGGAAAUUUUAUUUUUUUACCUUUGGAUAGGUUAGAUUACCCUCAUAUAUGGACUCUUCAUAAUCAUAAAUAUAUGAUUCACUUGGUGCCCUGAUUAGAUAGCUACCAAUGCUACUCUGUGGGUAGAUAUUGUAACCUUGACUAAAAGGUUGUAUAUUAUAAGCUGUGCACAAUAAGAAUUAAAGGUCUGUAAUUUUAGAGCUUUUUUCUAUCAAUGUUUGUUGAAAUACAGUAUACUAAAAGUCUUAACAAUACAUCUGCACUGAUCUAUUUUUAACAAACCCAAAAUGUUACAAUGAGAACAGAGCAUUUUCUUAUGCUGAUGACUUAAGAGUUUUUUAUUAAAGGAGAUGUAGCAUUUUUUUUACGUGGUUGCUUUGUUUAGUUUUCGAGUGUCAUUUAGAUAUCGACAGUUCUUUCAGUUUGUAAUAUAAAUUAAGUUGUGCCAACUAAAAUGACAAGCUAACUCAGUAAAUUAGUGAUGGUAUUUAGGAAUACUACACAAUGAAGAGAAAUGAAAAUAUUAAGAUAUGUCCUUGCAUGUCUGCAGAUCGGUGUUUCAUACAACGCAAUUUAUCUGGUUGUGACAAUCCAAAAAACCGUCCUUCUCUCCAUUUCUUCUUUGCUAAUUAUUGUUAAUGGUGUGGCCUCCAAUAUAAGCUUUAGUACAGUAUUUAUUCUUGCAGAGGUAGAAUUAGGUAGAGCAAAGGGCAUUAUUUUACCCUUUCAUGUUAUAUAUUGAAGCUUUAUUCUAUCUUUGUUUGUGAGUGAUAGUUUCUCUCUAAUAUUUGCACAUUAAUAGGCGUAAUUUGGCCCUUGAAUGACUUGUAAAACAUGACUUUUAUUGAUCAAUGGUUUUGUUUAUACUGUAAACACUGAAAAUUGCAUGGUUUUGUGUGGGAAACCACAAUAUAAGCUUGUACAAAGUCAUAAAUAUUGAGAAACAUUGUUAAUUUGUAUGUGCAAAAAUGUAAGUACAGUACAUAUAUACAGUACUCCCAGACCAUGCUUUGUGCCAUUUUGAGACAGUCAGAAGAAAGUGAAAAAUAUGUGAAUAAGUGAAAAUUUAUUUUAUUUUUUAUGGUAUUAUAUACAGUAUAGUGCAGUUGUAAGAUUUUGAAAUAAUACAACAUAAAUUUUAUGUAUCUUUUUAUAAUAAUAAUGUACAGCGAGUUCAGAAUAUAUAUCAAUUCUUAUGUCUGUUUAUCUUGAAUAACUUGAAUUAUACUUGUAAAUGUAAGUGUUGAAGAACACACAAAAAAACCUCUUUUAUGAGUUUUUGUUAUCUUUUGUCCAAAUAGUUUCUUAAUCUUAUAGUUUGUGAUGAGAAAUAUAUUUAUUUUUCUACAUCGUUCAUUACAAUAGAAAAUUUAAUCACUAAACUUGGAAUGAAUUCAGAUGUCACUUAUCAACCAACAAAGGAGCUAAUUUGAAUACUGUACUGUAUUUAAUUUACCACUCCUGGAUUUAUAAGGUACAGUACUGUACAGUAUAGAUGUUUUGAAGUACAGUCACCUCGCAAUUUACACGGAUAUUACGGCAUUUGCAUGUUUUUUAAAUAACACUACUACUGUAUUAAAUUAUUACCUAUUUUUAAAAUAACAGACAGCUUUUUUUAAAUAACACAAUUUUGAAAAGAACACCAUGCAGCGUAGAUCAGAACCUCAUUGCUUUCCUACUUUACCCAAAAGGAAAAAGUAACAUCACUCGAACCUCAGCCAUUGACAUCUGGCUUCUUGAAAGCUCCCACUCCCCCCCCCUCUGCCAUCACCUGCUCUGUCAUCUGAUUCAGAUGACUCCCUCCCCCAGUAACCUCCACCUCUCCAGCACCACCAAUAGGUUUGGUUCUAUUAUUGUAUUACAGUAUUAUUAUUAUUAUUGUGGUAUUUUGUUAUUGUUUUUGUAAAUAAAACAUAUUGAAGGAAAUAGAUAAACAAAUUACAGUUUUUAAGGAGCGUCUCCCCUAACCCCUGCCAUUUUCUUUAUUUAUUAUGAAAUAAAUAAGUUUGAUCUACAUGGCCAUUCUCAAGAACGUAACUACCAUGUAAAUUGAGAGAUGACUUUACGGUACUUCUUCUAAAUUUCCUCAUUCUGAGUUAUAAAUUAUUUUUAUCUUCAUUUACACUAGAGGAAUUGAAGUAUAUCAUUUUGUUUGCAGAACUUCUUUCAUGUUAAGUCCUUGGUCUUGAAUCUCAUUAUUGUAAUUCAAAUAUUAAUUUUGAGUUACAGGGUAUUUGUGUAUAUUAAUCAACUGAGGAACAGUAUAUCAGAAUACAUUUACUGUAUAUACUGUACAGUAAAUUUUAGUAGUACUGUACACUACCAUACAUUUAAUUUUAGUAGUACUGUACAGUACUAUUCUGCACUUGUUUUGGAUAACAAUGAAAAACACUAAGGUCUGAUGACUUGUAUUUAACAUUUUCAAUACUUUAAUGAUAAAGCACAUUAUUUAACAUUUAUUCCCCAAAUAAAUAUGAUGUAAAAAUAUACAGUAUAUAUAUUUUUUUUAAUAACUGUUUGUGCCCGCCUUUUCAAAUUUAACAUGGCUUGAUACAAAAAAGGAAUGUUCCAUCUGUUCAACUGUAACUAAAUUAUGUAAUUUUGUGUAAUUUAGCCAGUUCAACAUUUGAUUUUAAAAAUGAAUUUCUGGUUCAUUGAAUUUGAACAAUGGGUUUAAGAUUAUGCAUUUCAUAGUUUUAUAUUGAGCUCAGUUCAUUAACAUAUCCCUAUGAAUUUGAUGCUUUAAAAUAUUCUAAUUAUUAAUAAAAGAAUCUGAUUUAAAGUUUCAUUGCCAUCCUUAAAAGUGACCUUAAAUCUUUCAGCUCUGGCAGGGUGAAUAACAUCUCGGUCUUACUUGCUUGUGUGAGCCCAGACUUUUAUCUCGCAUUUAACUUGAGUGUCAGGCUUUCUGUUUACCCAGUAAGUUAAUUUACUUAGUAUCUACCUAGUAAGUUUAUGUAUUCAUGCUAAGUACUAUACAUACAAGAGUAAGUCAUUUUAAGUUCACAAAAAUCUUAGACUGGCCUUACACUGUUUCAUUCAUACUCACUGGCUCUAUAUUGUCCCUGUAUGGGCAUAGCUUCCUUAAUAGUGGUUCAGUGACCAAAGCCAAGUUAAGGAAAUUAGGUAAACAGUCAAGGGGGUUGGAGUUUGCAUUGCAUCAAUGCUGUUGCUUACAUUUGCAAUUUUUUUUUCCAUUAACGCUCUAGUUUAAUUGUGCUGACUUCAUAAAAUUCUAUUUUCCUUCUCUUUCACAAGACCAGUAUAACUGAUGAUGUAUUUGUAUUUUUUUUCCAAUUAAUUUAAUAUAACCUGCAUUUUUUAGUACUUUGCAUAUAAUGAUAAUUUGGUGUAGUUGGUACAUGAUUCUUGUUUCAUCCUAUUUAAUAUGAAACACUUUCUUGUGAAUAUGAAUUGUAAGAAUUUAAAAAACUCUGAAAUGUAUUUGAGCAUUGGCAUCAGAUCACAAAGGUUUUGCUUAUACUGUAUUGAAUUGUCAAAUGAAUAAGGAAUUUUGAAACAGUAAAUUUUUGGAUAUUAAGGUUACAUAAGUGAUUUAUGCAACAUGUAAACAAAAAAAAAUAAUUCCAGACAAUAUUUUCUCCAGGCAUUUUGGUUAAGAAGGCAAUGAAGAAAAAAUUAUGAUUGGUGUGUCUUCAGAAACUUGUAGUGUACUGUAUAGUUGUUAGAAAAGGCUAGGAAGGCACAGUAUGCCUGUAUCAAGGUAUUAUGGCAUAUGGAUGAGAUUGCAUCAGUUUAUAUAUAUAUAUAUAUAUAUAUAUAUAUAUAUAUAUAUAUAUAUAUAUAUAUAUAUAUAUAUAUAUAUAUAUAUAUAUUUAUUUAUUUAUUUUUAUUUAUUUUUACUUUUAUUUUUACUUUUAUUUUUUUUCUCUUGGUGAAAUUUUUUAUUGGGAAUCCUGUCCAACUACCCCAUACAAACAAGAACUGUGCUACAUUAUAUUGGGGAAGAUUCUGCUUGCACUUCCCUGCCUUACAUGCAUUUUAGGGCUAAUUUGGUGUUUAAAAUUAGACUAUUGCUACUUAACAUUUGUGCUUCAAUAAAUGUAUUUACACAUCAAUUAAUACUUAAUGAAUUAUAUUAAUACAGUAAAACCGUCUUAAUCCGGAUUGGCAAAUCACUCUGGACUAAUUUCUGUUAAUCCAGAUUGAGUGCGGAUUAACAUGAAAUAGUCCGGAUCUGCCCACAUGGUGGUAAAAAUAAAUAAACACUUGGAAUCACUUAACCUGCAGUAUAAUAUAUAUAUAAUUCUUGGACAUAGAGUGUUUACCACAAAGUUGGUGAUGCUGUUCAUAUUUGAUUUUUUCCCAUGAUCUUCCAAGCUAUACUUCUUUUUGGCUUCCUUUUGAAGUUGUCUUACCCUUUGGAAGCCAUGGUAAUUAGUCCACAAAGUCACAAAUAGUCCACAGGAGUUAAGAGAUGCACACAUGAGGCCUGUAGCAGCAGGUCUGGGCUUUUAAAUGAAGCAGUUGGGAGCUGCCGUUCAUGAGUGCCAGAUGGCAAUCCAAAUUUUUCUCGGUUAAUCCAGACUUCCAUAUUGUAUACUAACUCCCAUAUUGUAUACUAACUCCCCUCCAGAUACAGUAUUGCUUUAUCUGGAAAUUCGCUUAAUAUGAACUGGAUUUCUCCCCGGUUAGUUUGGAUCAAGAGGGUUUUACUGUACAGUAUUUAUUACAUAAGUAGAGCUAAUUUCUUAUUUGAGAUAUUUAACUGAAACAUCAGCCCAUUCAUUUUGGUAACGAUAUUCAGGCUAAAGCUGAAAAGUUUUUCUUUUUACGUUGUUUAAAUAUAUACAGGUAUUAAACAAUGCGAGGUUCUGGCUAUCACUGAAAGUGAUGGAAAUCCGUCAUCAUAUGCAAGUGAAAGAUUAUAAUGAACAUAACCAAAAGAGUAAUAAAUGUUAAUGAAAGAGUUCAAUAAUGUGAAGCAGAAAGUUUGUCAUGAACGCAAAUAAAGGCAAAGUAGUUUAACAUGACUUAUCUGGGUUCUGAAUGAUGAUGGAUAAUUAAAGGAUCAAAAUAUGGAGAGGUUCCAGGAAUUUAGGAUGUAUUUUCCUUUUGCAUAUUAUGGUUAGGUAGAAAAUUGGAAGAUAUAAUUUAAGUGUCUGGUCAUAGGCAUGCAAAUUACAGGAACCAGAAGAUCAGUAACAAAAUAAAAAGUAAUGAUCAUAAUUUGCAACUCUCUCCUCCAUGAAUAUAGAUAUUAUUGAGCAUUAGUUACCAUACUUGGCUCCAAAAAUUUUGGUACAGUACAGUAUAUAUGUAUCAUUACUGUAUAAGUACAUGUAAGUUAACAAACUUGUGCAAUGAUGUGUUGAAGUGUUAUCAUUAUGAUCUCAGGUGAAUGUAAAAGAUAAUACAAUUUCAUAGAGUGGCAGAAGGAAAAUUAACAUUGAGUACUUUUAACAGUUGAAAAACCAAACUGGACAUCAAUAUAGAAAUACAGAAAAGCAUAUACUGUAAAUAUAUAUAUAUAUAUAUAUAUAUAUAUAUAUAUAUAUAUAUAUAUAUAUAUAUAUUUUUUCAAGUAAAUCAUUUCGGGUACCAUUAAUUUUCAGUAUUGUAUAGUAUUCUGCAAAUUUUAUUAAUGGUGUUACUACAUAUAACUUGAAGUUCUGAUAUUAUUAUUUAAUGUUUUUAAAUAUGGAAGGGCAUGUCCUUGCACUCUGCAUUAGCACUAAUCUUUUGGCAUUCCAGUUUCUUUUUAUACAUAUGUUUACAUUUUCAUCAAAUUUAGGUAUAUAGCAUAAUCUUCACUAUAAAAAUUGCACUUUGUAAGGAAAAAUGACUGUAUGCCUCACACUUGAGAGGGUCAUCUGUAUCUUUGAAAUAAUAAAACUUAGAAUUUAAUGGAAGAGAGAACCCUAACUGGGACUUAGCCUGGUGCCAGUGCCUGGUGCUUAGUCCUGCAUUGUGAUAUUGUGUAGCUGUACCAGUGUUAACAAAGCAGUCUCAUACUUAUGUUUCUACUUCUUUUCUAUUAAAUAUCUUUGAAA